AUGGAUCGAGGGGUCUGCGGGAAGAUGGCCGCCGCCUCCUGGCUCGGCGGAGGGCUGCUUGGGGCCUUGUUUUCUGCUUCGACCUUCUCCGUGUCCUUCUGCAGAUACGUCAUCCCCCAGUUCUUCUGUGACGUCCUCGCUCUGCUGAAGGUCUCCUGCUCCGAGGAACACAUCGCCGUGGACGUGAGCAUGGCCAUAGGGGUGGUGGUUGCCGUCGUCUUCUUCGUGGUCAUCGUCAUCUCAUACGUCCGCAUCUUCUUGGCCGUGCUGAGGAUGCCGAACGUCACCGUGAAGACAGAAUUCCUGCUCCUGGGAUUCUCGGAGGUGCGGGAGCUGCAGCUGGUCCACGCCGCGCUGUUCCUCCUGGUCUACCUGGGGGCCCUGACGGGGAAUCUCCUCAUCGUCGUCAUCACCACCCUCGACCGGCGCCUCCGCACCCCCAUGUACUUCUUCCUCAGGAACCUGGCCGUCGUCGACCUCUGCUACAUCUCCGUCACCGUCCCCAACUCCAUCCACAACUCCCUGACCGACAAGAGAUCCAUCUCCCUGGUGGGCUGUGCUGUCCAGGUCUUCUCCGUGUCCUGGUUUGCCGGCUCAGAGAUGUCCAUCCUCACGGUGAUGUCAUACGACCGCUACGUGGCCAUCUGCCUCCCCCUGAACUAUGAGGUCAUCAUGGCUCGAGAGGCCUGUGGGAAGAUGGCAGCGGGCUCCUGGCUCAGCGGGUGCCUAUUUGCAGUAAUGUGUUCAGCCGGGACGUUCUCCCUCUCCUUCUGCGGGUCCAACACCAUCCCCCAGUUCUUCUGUGACGUCCCCCCUCUGCUGAAGAUCACCUGCUCCGAGAAGCACAUCGCCAGCGACGCGACUGUGAUUCUUGGGGCAGCCUUAGCUUUUGGUGUCGUCUGCUUCAUUCUCAUCAUCGUCUCGUACGUGCGCAUCUUCCGGGCCGUGCUGAGGAUGCCGGCCGCCGAGAGCCGAGCCAAAGCCUUCUCCACCUGCCUGCCUCACCUCGCCGUUGUCACGGUCUUCCUCUCGGCUGCGGCGGUUGAUUACGUUAAGCCUGUGUCAGACUCUCCUUCGACCCUGGACCUGCUGGUGUCCGUUUUCUAUACCGUGGUGCCUCCCGCCCUUAACCCCCUCAUCUACAGCCUGAGGAACCGGGACAUGAAGGCCGCCCUGGGGAGAGUCCUAAAGGGG